CCAUUUCCCGUCGCUCAACCCAUUUAUGUUUUUAACGCCACUCUUUCACAUCACCGUCACCGGCGACGAAUAGUCGAAAACCCCAAAGCAAAACCCCCCCGCAACCCCAGAAAAUGAACUCAGCGGCGAGUCACCUAGCGAGUCUGCUGAAGCGUCCGAGUUCAACCUUGAACUCAGUGAGCUCAUCUCUCCAACAGUGGCGGGGGAUCAGAGUUAGGGUAAAGAACGGGAACCUGGAGCAAGCGCUGUCAUUCAUGCAGAGAAAGAUGACGUCAAGUGGGAUCGAACGGAUGAUAAAAAGAGAAGAAACUCAUCACAUCAAGAAUUCCGAGAAGCGCGUAUUAGCACGCAAAGCUCUCCACCGUCGCCUCCAGUCCCAGGACCUUGGUCGCAAGCUCAAAUCCAUCCUCAUCAAGAAAGUCAGGGGUCUAUGAGGGUGUUCUGGAGGGAGAUACUGGCAACUACACUCAGGUUUUGUACGUUGCUGUUGGGUUUCAACCUCGUGUAAUUGAAUUUCUUCGAUCACCAAACGAGUUAUAUGAAUGUUGCAGGUUCUUGCAAGUUGUCAAACUAAUUGCAGUCCUUGUAGAUCACCAAUUAUUUUUAAUAGACUUUCAUAGUUCAUUUGCUCAUAUUUCUUUUCUUUUACAAAUCUUUUCGUCGUUGUUGAUCAUACGAUUAUUCAAAUGCUCUCAUGUAUUAUGUAACAAAUAAAAGUUGGAGGUAAUAAGUUUCUCACUUCUCGGUGUCUAUGGCUUACUGGAGCACGAGUGUGAUGAACUUGUACUUCAAGUGAAUGAAGAUCAAAAUUUUGUUGAAUA